GAGUGUAAUGACUAUAAUGUUAUGUUAUAAUUUCAUUUGUUCUUCAGUUCAAAUUAAUUUCGCUGCUCAAAUCUUGAACCUUAUAUAAAACAGUUUAUUGUUUAUUAUUUCACUGCUUAUGUAAACAUUUUGUCACAGGUGUCACACCUGCUGAGAAUGAAUAUGUCAUAAUGGCAUAACAAUUAUUUGUAAAAUAGCAUUUAAACAAUAUAAUAGAGACUUCUCUUGGGCAUCUGAUACCCAUAUCUAUGUCUUAAAGAACCACUGAUAACAUUAUUAUUGAUUUUGUUCACUGUCUCAUGUUAAGCAGAAAAUGGAAAACUCCAGUGAGAUUGUGUCAUUUGUGCUGGCUGCUUAUGGAAAUGUUGGGGAUUUCAAAUACCUGUACUUUAUCAUAAUAUUGUUUUGGUAUGUCUCUAUUUGUGUGGCCAACACAGUUCUUAUUGUGGUCAUACAUGUGGACAGAAGGCUGCAUGAGCCAAUGUAUAUACUGCUCAGCAAUUUAUGUGUGAAUGAAAUAAAAGCAGGCACAUCGUUGUAUCCUCUUUUGCUCUCACAGAUGUUUUCAGACAGCCAUGAGGUGACCCUGCCGUGGUGUUUUCUGCAGAUGUGUUCUUUGUACACAGGUGCACCUGCUGAGUUUUGGAGUUUAGCAGCCAUGGCCUAUGACAGAUAUAUCUCAAUCUGUCAUCCAUUAAGCUAUAAUGUCAUUAUGAACACAGAGAGAGUGUUUAAGAUUAUUCUGCUUGUGUGGGUUUUUUCAUUCGUUAUUUUCAUACUCUCAUUUUCAUUCAUCUUCAGUUUGAAGUUUUGUGGAAAUAAUAUUGAAAAUGUGUAUUGUGAGCACCAAUUAAUAAUUAAACUUUCAUGCUCAGGUUCAGCCCAGAACUCUAUAUCUAUCAUAAUCUUUGUCAUAAUGAGUAUUUUCAUACCAUUCAGUCUCAUUUCAGUCUCUUAUGUGAAAAUUUUGACAGUCUGUCGAAAAACAUCCACAGAAAACAAGCAGAAAGCCAUGACUACUUGCACCCCUCAGAUCGUCUCUGUGUCAAACCUGUUUGUUGGGUGCAUUUUUCACUCUAUUAACUUCAGGCUUUUAAUAAGUCAGGUACCAGAUGAAGUCAAUAUCAUAUUACCUAUGUAUAUGCUCAUUUGUCAACCAAUUCUCACCCCUUUUAUGUAUGGAUUUAAUUUGCCAAAGAUAAGGCAAUCAUGUAAAAGGUUUCUGUUUAAGAGAAAAUAA